UCGACGUCCUUUUCCCCGAGUGUUUUGACGCUUUGAUCCCGGGAGGGGGAGGCCUUCGAGAUCGUACAACCUCUUAGUACCGAGCGUGUGUGUUGGUGUGUGUUCGUGUGUGCGUAUAAUCGACAGUGUGUGUGUGUGUGUGUGUGUGUGGGUGUGAUCUGGCUGGUAUGAAGUGGUUGGCAGUGUGGUGUUGGGUGCUGGUAUGUUUACCGGCACCGGUGCCCGGUGUCCCGGGGGGUGUUGGUCGUGGCCCGGUAGCACCACGCAGCAGCACCGAGGAGCACGAUGAUGAUGACGAUGGUGGACCGUUCCUACCGCAGCACUUCCAACCGGUAACGCCGGUACCACCGGCGUACGAUCCGUGCUACGACGAGGAUCGACCGCGCCGCUGCCUGCCGGACUUUGUGAACGCCGCGUUCGGCGUGCCGAUCGUGGCCUCGUCGACGUGCGGUCAGCGUGGCCCAGUGCGGCUCUGCAACGACGCCGGCCGCCACUGUCUGCAGUGUGAUGCGGGGAGCGCCCGGAAGCGCUACCCACCGGCCGCCCUCACCGACGUCAACAACUCGGCCAACGUGACCUGCUGGCGAUCGGAACCACUCCGAUCACCCACGUCCAUCAACGAUCCGCCCGAUAACGUCACGCUCACGCUAUCGCUUGGCAAGAAGUUCGAGCUGACGUACGUGACGCUCACGUUCUGCCCCGGCACCCCCAAACCAGACUCGAUCGCCAUCUACAAGAGCGCCGACUACGGUCGGUCCUGGCAGCCGUUCCAGUUCUACAGCUCCCAGUGUCGGCGUGUGUACGGCCGCCCGAACCGGGCCACGAUCACGCGCGCCAACGAGCAGGAGGCGCGCUGUACGGACGCGCACCGGCACGCCACGAGUGUUGGGGACGUUGGUGGUACAGCUGGUGCCGCUGGUGCCGCUGGUGCCGGUGCCAGCGCCAUUACUGGCGGUGGGGCAGGGCGCAUCGCGUUCAGCACGCUCGACGGCCGCCCGUCGGCCGUGGACUUUGACUCAUCGCCGGUACUGCAGGACUGGGUGACGGCGACCGAUGUGCGCGUCGUCUUUCACCGCCACCGAAUGCCACCGGCCGACGACUCGCCGGAGGAGCCCUGGUAUAUGCUGCACGGAUCGCCCCAGGUGCCACCUUCCUAUCGCAAUCGCUCACCGCGUCACUCUGGUCCCGAUGACGACGACGACGACGACGACGACGACGAAGGCACCGAGCAGGACGUCAAGCUGGACGACGAUGACGACGAUGCGGCUGAGUGGUCAUCAGUCACUGACCAGCAGGAGCAGGAGCAGCAGCAACAAUCAACCACCGAGCGCACCACCUCCAGCACUACGCUGGCGAAGCCGACAACGACAAUGACAACCACAACGGCGGUGACCUCCAGGACGAGCGCAAAGGUGCGAUUGGGCGGAUUGGCGUACCACCGGCAGCCAGCCGGCCAGAUCCAGCACCAGCACCAGCACCAUUACGCCGUGUCCGACUUUGCUGUUGGGGGGCGCUGCAAGUGCAACGGGCACGCGUCGCACUGUCUGGCCGUCGGCCGUGGUGCUGAUACCGAGCUCGCCUGCGACUGCAAGCACAACACGGCCGGCCGGGACUGCGAGCGCUGCAAACCGUUCCACUUCGAUCGACCGUGGGGCCGUGCCACCGUCCGGGAUGCCAACGAGUGCAAAGUAUGUAACUGCAAUGGGCACGCGCGCCGCUGCCGCUUCAACAUGGAGCUGUACAAGAUGUCUGGCCGGAUUUCGGGCGGAGUGUGUCUGAGCUGCCGGCACGCGACCACCGGUCGCCACUGUCACUACUGCCGCGAGGGCUACUACCGGGACGCCACCAAACCCGUCUCGCACCGGAAGGUGUGCAAAGCGUGCGAUUGUCAUCCAAUCGGUUCGUCCGGCAAGACGUGCAACCACACGACGGGCCAAUGUUCGUGCAAGGAUGGCGUUACCGGGCUGACGUGCAACCGGUGCGCCCGUGGCUACCAGCAGAGCCGCUCACACAUCGCACCCUGCAUCAAGGUACCGCGCGUCAUCAGUUUGGUGCAUCCGCAGAAUACGGCCCCGGGCAACCAGCACGGUAACCACCACCAACCCCGUCAUCAGGUGGUGACGGCGUCGUCGUCCUCGUCCGGCGUUCCGGAUGUACCAACGUACCGCAUGGACUCCGGCCGUGAGUGCGGAAAGUGCCGAAUCGGCACACGGCGGCUCAACCUGAACAAGUUUUGCAAAAGGGAUUACGCAAUCAUGGUAAAGGUGGUCGGAAGGGACACGAAAACCGCAGCGGAACACAGCGGAAAACAGACGAGGGCAAGCGGCGGAACCGGCAGCAGCAGCGGCCACUACCAGCAACCGUACCACCACCAUCAUCGCGCCCAUCAGCGGCCAGCGGUCGAGGAGAGCAACGCCGGCGUGGUCAGGUUCAUCCUAAGCGUACAGAAGGUCUUCAAGCGAAGCCGCAACCCCGGCAACCUGCUGGCAAGGGUCAACAGCAGCGGCAACAAGUGGUCCACAGUACCGUUCGUCGUCAGCGCCCACGAACUGGGCUGCCGGUGUCCGAAGUUGAAGCUCAAUAGAUCCUACCUAAUACUAGGGCGCGACUCGGAGGGACCGACACCGGGAACGCUCGGUGUGGGACCGCGCACGAUCAUCAUCGAGUGGCGCGACGAGUGGCAGCGGCGGUUGCGCAAGUUCCAGCGGCAAGCCCUACGCACCUGCGACCGAACAGCCUAGGUUUGAGUGCGGCGCGUCGCUCACUACGGUUCCUUCGAUCAGAUCCUUUAUAGCUCCUGUCGAUGGAGUUAAAGUUAGAGAGAAAGAGAGAGAGAGAGAAGGGAAGCCAAAUAUCCUAUUUAUUACAUCUACGCUGUAGGAGCACUAUGACUAGCCUUCGUUUGUACGUUUAUACGGUGAACAACGCUAUUGUUAUAUUAACCUUAAGCGACCGAUAUUUAUGUAUUCUUUAGAAACGUCGUCGAGAAGAACGGUGCAGCCAGCAUAAGCAACAAGCACAGCACCUAGAUGAACCGGAGAAUAGAGGAGGGAUUGAAUGUAGAACCGCUGCGUCGAGCUCACUUUUCUGUCUGUGUUUCUUUUCGCAAACAAUUGUUUGGUUGAUAGAUAUGGUUUUUAACCCGUGUGUAUUUCUUACAAAAACGAAAUGAAAAAACGGAAACAACAGAAAAAGGGAAAGGCGACGU